AUGUCAUUAUUAACAAUCACUUCAUCCAUAAUUGAUGGAUUAAAGAAAAACGAAGUCAUUCCUGACGUGAUUAAUGAUUCAUUCCAACCAAAAGGUUUAUUAACCAUUUCAUAUGGAGGUUCAAAUGAAGUCGCCAUGGGUAAUACUUUAAAAGUUGAUGAAACUCAAACCAAACCAAAAUUUCAAUUCACUUUCAACUCACCUUCAUCAUCAGAUACUUCAGCUAAAAUCCAAGAUCAAAUUAAAGAUACUGAUUUAUUUACAUUAGUAUUGACAGAUCCUGAUGCCCCAUCAAGAACUGAUAAAAAAUGGUCAGAAUAUGCACAUUUCAUUACAACAAAUAUCUUGUUGAAAAAUCAAUCAAAUUCUUCAGCAGAUUCUGAUUUUUUCUCUACUGAAUUGAAUUUGGAUCAACAAGGUGAUGAAAUUUUAUCGUAUGUUGGACCUGGACCUCCAGAAGGAACUGGUAAACAUCGUUAUGUGUUUUUGUUGUAUAAACAACCUCAGGGGAAAACUGAUUUGAAACCUCCAACUGAUCGUCCAAAUUGGGGGUUGGGCAAACCUGCAGUUGGUGUUGAUGAAUGGGCUAGUGAAAAUGGAUUGGAGUUGUUUGCUGUUAAUUUUUUCUAUGCUGAGAAUAAGGCAAAGAAAUAG